GUCUUGGCACAACUGGCAUCUCUGUAUGACAUCACCUCAGCUUCAUGACGUCAGGAGUAAACAGUGACCCACAGCAAGGCGGGGAGGGAGGUAUACGCUGCGCCUUUCAUUGUCUCUGCAGGACUCUCCGCGCCACGCCCUCACCAUGAACACCAGUGGAGGUUACCAGCCAGCACCACAGACGACAGUGGUGGUGGUCCCAGUUGCCAACAGAAUGAGGAUGAGGGGACCGGCGUACCUGCAGCAGGGGGUGAAGGUGGGAGGUAUGAUGUUGGGCAUGGGUUGUGUCGCCUGCCUGGCAAUGUUCGGUGGCUUCUUCCUCUUUGUCGGCAUCAUCAUGAUCUCUACUGCCAAUUACGACAGUGACUUCUGGGAUAAUUUUGACAGGGACCAUGAUCCAACAAUAACUGUAGGGACCAUCAUGCUUGUGAUCGGCUCCAUCAUGGUCUUGGCCAGCGUGGGUGUCUGUUUCUAUGCCCGUAAGAAAUAUAAGAAAUUUGGUGGCGCAACCAAUCCCGGGCAAGUAAUUAACCCUCCACCAACUGGGUAUACUGCACAGCCGCAACAUGCUGACUCAGGAUACCCACAGCCUGCUGGCUACCCUGGUCAGCCUCAGCUAGCUGGUUAUCCUGGCCAGCCUCAGCCAGCUGGUUAUCCUGGCCAGCCUCAGCCAGCUGGUUAUCUUGGCCAGCUUCAGCCAGCUGGCUACUCUGGCCAACCUCAGCCUGCUGGCUAUCCUAGCCAGCCUCAGCCCUAUGCUAACCCUGCACCUACUGGCUACCCACCUUACCCAGAACCAACUACUUCUUACCCCGGCCCUCCAGCCCAGUAUGCAGCCCAGCCAGGAGCUCCUUUAGCAAAGGUUGACCCAUCAUACCCUACCAAGCCUCAACAAUCCUCCAUGGCCUACGAAUACACUCCACCUCCUCCACACGUGCCUGGCUCCACAGAUGAGCCAACUGCACCUCCUCCAUACCAGCCCUAAGGGUAGCUGACAGAAAGAGGGGCCAAAGUACUGGACACAGCUGGUGUGUGUGUGUGUGUGUGUGUGUGUGUGUGUGUGUGUGUGUGUGUGUGUGUGUGUGUGUGUGUGUGUGUGUGGUGUGUGUGUGUGUCCUGGGGUGCCUGCGUAACUUCCAUGAUGCCUCUGUGAAGCAGCUUGAUGGCAGUGCUGGUGUGCUGCAUGGCUCCUGCUGUGCUGCUCAAGGUGAUGAAUGCAGGAAUUGGUAUUGUGCUGGUGUUAUGCCUGGUUUUGUACUGCACUUUUCAUCUCCUGAUUCUCAAGAAAUUCAUUUCCUGGUAAAAAAAAUAGAAUGAAUAUGAAUCUAUAUUACUUAUUGGAUUUCAUGUAAAGCAAAGGCAUUUAACUUUAUACCACACCAGAAAGUCAUGUGUUUAAGUCUUGACAUGCAUUGUGGUUAGCAAGAUGACAAGAAUUACUAGAUGAAAUACAGGUGUGUGGCCAAAGUGAUGUGUGUUUGCUCUGCUCUACUUUUGGCAUGGAAUCAACAAAAUUACAAAUCAUUUAGAAGCUUUCAUAGGACUGUAUUUUGAAACAUUUCUGGCUGCAUCUCCACUACAUACAAAAGGGUCUUGUUGAAGUGACACGGGUUUUUAGGGUGUUUCUAUGAUUCUAGUGAUGGAUUAAUAAUAUUUCUACAUUAUCAACAGCAGAAACACUCUUGAGAACCUGGCUGAUCAUCUCUGUGACCUUUGAAAAUAUUCUUGGUGAGAGAGCAGAACAUUUGUGAAUGCAGCCCAUACAUCUGCUGAGCUGUGUUGGCCAGCCAGGCAUGAGGCAGUUCUAUGGGAGAGGAAAGGUGUGCCUCAACCAGUGGCCUUAUUUACUUGUGACUUAAGUUGUUUUGCUUGUGUAUUUCUUGUGGUUGUGUAUUCUCAUGUAGCAGUUAGACUUGAAUUUUAUUAACAAGUGAGAUCUGUCAGUGUAGUGAGAAGGCAAUGUUCAUGAGGGAACUGUGAAGCAUUGUGGUGUAGACAAGUCAUUACCACUGUUGGAAUGCAUCUUGAUCCAUUUUUAUCUGUUAUGGAGUGCUGUUAUUGAUAAAACAUAAAAGCUGCCAAUAAAGAGAUAGAGAUUUUAGUCAUCAUGAAUUAUUUCUACAUUUGUUUUUGUUUUGGAAUGCAGUAAAUAGAUGCUAAGUUACCAAAUCUGGGACCAUAUUGUGAAACACUUUUGUGUGCACCCUGACUACUUUCAAGAGACUCUAGUUGAAGUUGUACAAGUUUUUAAGGGUAUUUUUAUGGUUCUAAUGGCAAAUUAACAAGAUUUCUACAUAAUUGAUAGGAGAAACGCUUGAAAACUUGGCUCAUCAUCUCUGUGGUCUUUGAAAAUAGUUGUAAUGAGAGAGCACAGCAUUUCAGAAUAUGGGCCCUGUAAUGCAGCAAACUGUUGACUUAGGAAUGUUGCAUAAUGGGGGGGGGGGAUGGCUGAAGACCUCCAGACCAAGAGUACAUGUUUAUGUUGCUAUGAAUGAGACAGACAAACAUUGUCCUUUUAUGGAUAGAGUAAAAGAAGUAAAUGGUAGAAAUGUAA